CUCUCUCUACAAGCACUUUCUCUCUAAAAACUUUCAGAUUCCAGUUUUUGAAGGAGGAAGACAACAAUGGCGUCUUCGAGCUUCGUUAUGGUGUUGUUGUUUGCUAUGUUCGCAGGAUCUGCUCUUGCUCAGUCUCCGACCGCCGCACCAACCGUUUCUCCGGCUGCUCCCACCGUUGCUCCUCCUUCUCCCGUCGUCGUUCCUCCUUCCACGGCUCCUACAACUACACCAACCGAGGCUCCUUUGGCGUCUCCACCGGCUCCUCCUACUUCGCUCACUCCCGAUGGUUCUCCCUCCGCUUCGCCUCCUUCGAUCGCUUCCACUCCCACCGAUUCUCCUACCUCUUCACCUCCGAGCGGUGCUAGCUUGAACAGAGUCGCCGCCGUUGGAUCUGGUUUCGUGGUUGUCUUAGCAGCGGCCUUGGUUAUGUAGAGAUCUAUUCUUAUUCGAGAGUUCGUUAUUUGGUGGUGAUUAUCUUCGGUUCCUUUGUGAUUCUUCAGAUUUUUUUGUUCUCCAUUUCAUCGUCAUUAUUUAUUUUUUAGUUGUUGAUUUUAGCUUUAUCAUGAUUGUUGUAUGUAAUGUUUGACGACGAUUCUCGAUACUUCGUUUUGACGAUCUCACUGUUCAUUUGAUGUAAUAUUAUUACUGUUCGAUUUAUCGAUUCGUUCUAUAGCCUUCGUUCUUA